AUGGUCGGCAGUGGGACCCGGCGGAGUGUGAAGAAGUCUCGUGGCGGAUGCACACGAUGCAAGGCCCAACAUCUCAAGUGCGACGAGAAGAAGCCCGGAUGCGGCCGGUGUGAGCGUCUGGGCAUCACUUGUCCGGGCUACAGUCAGUCGCUGAGGUGGUCUACGAAGCAUGAGGUCAACAGCUGGCGGGUAGAUCGGCUAGCAGCAGCAGCAGCAGCAUCAGCAUCAGCAUCAGCAUCUUCGCCAACGAGUCCAGAACAGACAGACUUGCAGAUUCCCGCUCAGAAUGGCGGUUUGGAAUGGUUGGACUUCUCGUAUGGCCCUUCGAUGGAGAACGAAGUUGGUCUGGCGAGCCCAAUUGGUGACAACCACCUGUUCGGCAUCGACAAUCUGCACGACUGGACACCGAAUGAUCUCCUCUUGGUGCCGGAGGAGAAUACGUCCUUGACGCCUUUGAUGCCGCAUCAGCCUUCGAGUGCAUUGGAUCAGCCUAUGCUGAAAUCUCUGGGCCCACGCAGGUCACGGCCACAGACAUCAGGAGGAGCAAUACCAAAAGCUCUCGCCCAUCAGCCGUCCGAUCUCCUAUCGUACUACUUCCAAGUCAUGCCGCGAGUCUAUUCUACAUUUGACAGCCACAAGAAUCCAUUCCGAACGGCAGUAUCGGACCUGUUCAGUCAUUCACUGGCGGUCAAUCUGGCGGCUCAGAGCAUGGCCGCAGCAUUCUUAUCUGAGGUCCAUCCUCGCUUUGCAGCAAUCGGAGCCAAGCUUAGGCGAGAGGCUCUCCAAGUCAUACAGUCCAAACCGAGCAACGACUACGACGUGCUACUGGCGUUGAUGAUGUGUGGCCCUACCGGUAACUGGCAUCAGACAAGUGAUCUCGGCCUAGCUGCAUACAAGGAAAUGAGGAGCCGCCUACAUGCCCUUUCUGCCUCUGAGCACCAACCUCCAAAUCUUCCCUUCUUCCAAGAAGGCAUGUUGCACUGGGAAAUGAUUCUAUCUUAUGCUGCCGACUCCAAUCUCCUUGGUCCUGGCUUCAAGUACAGACCAGCAAUUCCACGGCAUGCCAAGCAUGAAGCCCAUCCCUGGACUGGUGUUGGACAUCAGACCGCACAAAUAGUCGCUGACAUUGGAAGACUUGUCCGCCGCCAGCGGCUAUCUUCCCGCGAGCAACAAUUCGUAACGCAGGCGUACAUCCGACAGAUGAGCCAAGAUCUUGACACUGCGCGUGAGCUAGAGCAGCGGCUAUUGGCUUGCGAACAUCCCGAUGAAAGUGACAUCGUCCCAACGGAAGACGCCGCAACACCAGCAUGGCACAUCCGAGCGAUUGCAGAGCUCAAUCGCUACGCAGGCUUAUUGCAACUCUAUCGCGUCUUCCCCGACCUCCUGACCGAACGUCCCCAAGCCGAAGAUGCCACCGAUCCUACAGCUUCAGAAGAAAACAACGCCACACUCGUCGACCUCACAAACCUCUCCUCUCCUCUACACACAGACUCUCGACGAAACCAAUGGCUCACGCGCUUCUCCCUGGAAGCUCUUCGGAUCCUCGAAACCAUCCCGGCAGAAUCAGGCACCAAAGAUUUCCAACCCUUCAUCAUUGUCGCGCUAGCGAGCGAACUGGUUUGCGAGACUGUUCCUCCUCAACAGCAAGACACAACGGCGGCAGUAUCUUCCGCCUUCGCAGAAGUGGCCAUGAUGCGCAAAUUUGUCAUCGACAGGCUGACCGCCUUUCUGCGCUUGAUUCCUCCCAAGCCGAUUCGAGCCUGUCUAGAUAUUAUCAGGGACACGUGGCGGCGAAUCGAUGCGGGAGAAUGCGAUGUCUACUGGCUUGAUGUGAUGAUUCAGAAUGGAUGGACGACAAUCAUGGCGUGA